GGCGGGGAUGACUGGAAGGAUCCAGAGAGAGCGCCACCAUAUGCAGGGAGGAAGACCUCUGGCUGAAAGGGGACAACGAUUCCUAGCGUUUUUCCCUCAGUGGAAGGGGGGAAAUGGAGAACUUUUGGGUGGCGCUUGGAGUGGUGGGAAAAGGAAAAAGGAGAAAACUGCAAAGCUCUCAGAUUAAAAAAAAAAGGGGGGGUGAUAAUUGCAAGAGAGCAGAGAGGGGGGCAGGCACGUGAAGGGAAUGGAAGGCGUCGAGAACGCGGCCAGGACGGAGUGUGGGGGGAACUCCGGGAGGACGCAGCCCUGAGACCUCGGGGGCCCGUUUUCCAUGAGCUCGAGCUGUCCUUUCGGGAGAGAAGCUAGGAUUCUCUCUCCGCCUUGGGGUGGCAUUGCUCCGCGCUGCUCCUGUGAGCCCCGCGCCUUGAUGGACUUGAAGGGCGCAGGAGCUCAGAGCGAAGACUGAGGGCUCCCCUUCUUCAGCCCUUCAGCCCCCGUCUGGCCCCACGAGCCCCGGUCCCAGGUGUUUGGGACUGAGGACGGGAGCCAUGGAGUGAGACCAGUUCCUGCUGGGGCUCCGUCAGGGUGGGCCUGGUGGCUGCUUAAAGCCGGGGCGGGGGCCGAGGCGGGGCGGUAGGGGACGUGCCAGCCCGCUGGAAGCCAUGCCUUUUUCUUCUCGAGGGGCCUCCCUUGAGCCCUCUCUGUGCCCGAAGCUCAGCCUUGAACAGGGAGAGGAUGGUCCAUCCGCCCAGACCCAGCAGGUGCCGGCCGCAGGAGGUGCCCGACGCGGGCUGCAGAUGCACGCAUUAUCGCUAGCUUGGCAGGUUGUCUUAGAGAUCAGUCCUCUCCCUGGGUCUUCUUCAUGUGCUGCCCAAGGGCAUUUGGCUUCCCUUCUCCUUUCCCGUGCACACGCCUACCGUCGCCCCCCUUCCCGGGACCCUCCGGGGAGGACAGCUGCUGGGAACAGCUUGUCUCUGCCCGGGUAGCAGGGCUGGGGAGGUGGCAGGAGGAGGAACCCCUUCCUCCCCGCCCCCACUCCCUCAAUCUACAGCGAACACAUACCUUUCUGAUUAAGUUCCUAGCUUUGGCAGCAGACCAGGCCCAGCUGUUAAAGGAACGCCUCAGGCCUGUGAGGGGCCCUGGGUCACCCCAUUGACAACAGCUCAGUUUGACCAGAGCUUCCGACCAGGGGCGAACCAUCCAUGGUACUCUGGAGGUCCCUGUCCUGGACCCCGCCCCAUCUUGGAUAGGGGAGCUCAUCCACUGGAAAAGCCUAAAAGCCUUUCUGCUUGGAAGCACCCAUGCCAGCUUUCAAUGCACUGUCUGGGGCUGGCUGGGCUAUUAAUAGCUCUGAGUAUUUUGAGAUGCCUCUCCCCAUCUUAAAGAGCACAGAGAUUCUUAGACAGGCGGCAGUAAGCAGAGCAGAGCCGGAGGUACCAGCGAACCCAUCAGCCUGGGAAGGGGGCUUGGAGCCUGUGCCAGGCCACGGAGCGGGUGGAGCCUCCGUGAGUAGGGGGUGAGCAUGCUGAGCCCUGGAUCAGCAGGUUCUGAGCUGGCGGUCAGGUUGGAGUGGCCCCACCCUUUGCUUGUGGAGAACACAGGGCCAGGGCUAGCUCCUUGACCUCAGCAGCUCCUCUGGGGCAGGGCCAGCCACCUGAGCUGUGGAGGGGUGGUGUGGGUCGAACACCUGGGUGACACUUGGAGGCCAGGGCUGGUCCUGGGCAGAGUCCUGGUGAGCCAGGCAAAGGCCUUUGUGGCCCUCAUUUGUGUGCAGGUAGCAGAGGCAGCAGGCCGUGCCGGGGGGGCAUGUUGCUGUAACCAGUGGCCCAGGGGAUGUUACGGUGGACAGUGCACCUGGAGGGCGGGCCCCGCAGGGUGAACCAUGCUGCAGUGGCUGUUGGGCACCGGGUAUUCUCCUUCGGGGGUUACUGCUCUGGUGAAGACUACGAGACACUGCGUCAGAUUGAUGUGCACAUUUUCAAUGCAGUGUCCUUGCGCUGGACAAAGCUGCCCCCGGUGAGACCCACCAUCCGAGGGCAGCCUCCUGUGGUACCAUACAUGCGGUAUGGACACUCAACCGUCCUCAUCGAUGACACGGUCUUCCUUUGGGGCGGGCGGAAUGACACGGAAGGGGCCUGCAAUGUGCUCUACGCCUUUGACGUCAAUACUCACAAGUGGUCCACGCCCCGAGUGUUAGGAACAAUUCCUGGGGCUCGGGACGGACAUUCGGCUUGUGUCUUGGGCAAGACGAUGUACAUUUUCGGGGGCUACGAGCAGCUGGCGGACUGCUUUUCCAAUGACAUUCACAAGCUGGAUACCAGCACCAUGACAUGGACCCUUAUCUGUACAAAGGGCAAUCCUGCGCGCUGGAGGGACUUCCACUCAGCCACAAUGCUGGGCAGUCGCAUGUAUGUCUUUGGGGGUCGCGCUGACCGAUUUGGGCCGUUCCAUUCCAACAAUGAGAUUUACUGCAACCGCAUCCGAGUCUUUGACACCAGGACUGAGACCUGGCUGGACUGUCCGACCACUCCGGUGCUGCCCGAGGGGCGCCGGAGCCACUCGGCCUUUGGCUACAAUGGGGAACUGUACAUUUUUGGUGGCUAUAAUGCAAGGCUGAACCGGCACUUCCAUGACCUGUGGAAAUUUAACCCUGUGUCCUUUACCUGGAAAAAGAUUGAACCAAAGGGAAAGGGGCCAUGUCCACGCCGGCGCCAGUGCUGCUGUAUUGUUGGUGACAAAAUUGUCCUCUUUGGGGGUACCAGUCCAUCUCCUGAGGAAGGCCUGGGAGAUGAGUUUGACCUCAUAGAUCAUUCUGACUUACACAUUUUGGACUUUAACACAUCUAACAUGUCCUUUGAGGAGCUGUUGGAAUUGCAGAGCCAAGCGGGGACUAAGGCAUACAAACAAUUGGUAGCUGGAAGCAGCACUAAGAAGCAAGGCUCUAGACCCCCUGUCCAAAAUGCCUGUGUUGCAGAUAAGCACAGGCCUCUGGAAAUGUCAGCCAAAGUCCGGGUGCCAUUUUUGCGUCAAGUUGUCUCCAUCAGUAAGAAGGUAGCCCGGGACCCCCGCUUUGACGAUUUGUCAGGGGAAUAUAAUCCUGAAGUGUUUGACAAAACGUAUCAAUUCCUGAACGACAUCCGAGCCAAAGAGAAAGAGCUUGUGAAAAAGCAGUUGAAGAAGCACCGUUCAGGGGAGAAGCAUGAGAAGCUGCAGCAGCUGCUUCAGCGAAUGGAGCAGCAAGAAAUGGCACAGCAGGAGCGGAAGCGGCAGCAGGAGCUGCGCCUGGCUCUGAAGCAGGAGCGGCGGGCGCAGGCCCAGCAGGGCCAUCGUCCAUACUUCCUGAAGAAAUCUGAACAGCGCCAGCUGGUCCUAGCUGAGAAGUUCAAGGAGCUGAAACGCAGCAAGAAGCUAGACAGCUUCUUGAGUCGAAAAAGGCGCCGAAACGCAGGCAAAGACAGGCGACAUCUCCCUUUGAAUAAGGACUAAUAGGAACUGACCUCAGCUCUGCCACUGCCUCAGUGAGAACUGGGUCUGUGGGGACAGACUGGGGCUUGGCCUAUUCUGGGUCUUUCCCCUUCAAGGACAAGGAUCACAGCUGCCCUUGAACUAGAUUGGCUCAGCAAUGACUAAAGGGUUCUUGGGCUGCCCAGGGAUGGACAGGAACAGCUCAGCCUUCGCCAUGCCACACUCCUCUGCUUGAAUCUGGUUCAUCAUGUACUCGUGUCCUCCCAUCCUUGCCUUAAACCAGGGAUAGGAACCUUUUUUCUGCCAAGGGCCAUUUGUAUAUUUAUAACAUCAUUCAUGGGCCAUCCAGUAUCAUCAGUUUAAAAAUUAGCGGCCGUAUUUGAUCAAACAUUUAAUUAACUCACCCCUGAUGCCGUGGCAGGGCCCGACCAAGUGAUGCCAUGGGCCUUCUAUGGCCCGCAGGCUGAACAUUCCCAGCCCCUGUGAAAUCAAUAAUUCUGACAGAGGAAAAAAAGGGUCAGUGACCUUAGGUUAGUGAAGGCCAUGGAGUCUGUUGACGGCUUCCAGGACUGGGACUUUAUGUAGGAGCCAGUUAAUAAACAUUCUUGUCGCUCA